GGACAGAACAGAAGAGAGUUCUCUUGAUUUUCUUUAUUUUGAUUCUAAAAUCUUCUGGUUUACGAUUCAAUUCAAAUUCUAUCCUUUGUAAUUUUUCACGGCCAGAAUAACACUAUGUUUGGAUGUUCUUUUUGUAUUGUAUAUCAAAGAAAGUUGUAAAUUUGAUAAAGGGGACAAAAGAGAAAAGAAAAGAAAAAGAAAAGAAGACAAGGGAAAAUAUUUUAAGGGGAUGAUUCUUGAAACAGUUUUGCUUUGGAUGCUUUAAUUCAUUCUAAGAAUAAGCGGAAUUGGGGAUAUGGGUAUUGGUGUUGAUGUGUUGUGGGCUCGUUUUGUCUGCUUUUCUUUUUGGAAAAACAAAAGAUUUUUGAGUGCUGUGGAACAAAAUGAAGAUUAAAAAUAAGAUAAUUAAGCAGAAAAGAGGCAGAAUCAAGCCGAAGUUUGAGAAGAUUAUGAAGUGCAUCUUCUUAGGACAGCAACUAAAAGCAGCAGAGCAAAUGGUACCAUCUUCCGAAUCUCUUGUAACCAAAAAUUAUUCAGCAAGUGGGUAUUCUUCUAGACCUUGUGAGGCUGAGAAGCAGCCGGAUACGGGCAAUAUAGAAGAAGCGGAAUGGUCUCUGCGUGAAAGUAGUUCUUUGAAUUAUGAGGAAGCAAGAGCAUUGUUAGGGAGAAUAGAAUAUCAGAAAGGAAACAUAGAAGCUGCUCUACAUGUAUUUGAAGGAAUAGAUAUUGCUGCAGCAACACCGAAAAUGAAAAUCACACUUGCUAGUAAAAGAGGAGAACGGCAUAAAAGACGUUCCCAAAAUUAUGCUUCACCACCAAUGUCGAUGCAUGCUGUCAGCUUGCUUUUAGAAGCAAUCUUUCUUAAAGCAAAAUCAUUGCAGGUUCUUGGGAGAUUUACAGAAGCUGCUCAAGCUUGCAAAGUUAUUCUGGACAUUAUUGAAUCUUCAUUACCCGAAGGCUUUCCUGAAAACCUUGUUGCUGACUGUAAAUUGCAGGAGACAGUGAACAAGGCUGUUGAGUUGCUUCCACAAUUAUGGAAACUUGCUGAUUCUCCCCGCGAGGCAAUCUUGUCUUACCGACGAGCCCUCCUCCAUCAUUGGAAUCUUGAUACUGAAACUACUGCAAAGAUUCAAAAAGAGUUUGCUGUUUUUUUGCUGUAUUGUGGAGGUGAAACAAUCCCUCCAAACCUACGCACCCAAAUGGGUAGUUCAUUUGUACCCAGAAACAAUAUAGAAGAAGCUAUACUUCUAUUAAUGAUACUAUUACGAAAAGUUUCUCUCAAAAGAGUUGUUUGGGAUCCAUCAAUCUUGGAUCACCUAUCAUUUGCUCUGUCCAUUUCAGGUGACUUGAGGUCUUUAGCUAAUCAAUUCGAAGAACUGCUUCCUGGGAUUAUCAAUAGGAAAGAACUGUACCACAAUUUAGCUCUGUGUUAUCAUGGAGCAGGUGAGGACUUGGUUGCUUUGAAUCUGUUGAGGAAAUUGUUGAGUAGUAGAGAGGAGCCGAGGUGUGUUUCAGCUUUAUUAUUAGCGUCAAAGAUUUGUGGGGAAAACCCUGAUCUUGCAGAGGAAGGGACAAGUUUUGCUUGCAGAGCUCUUGAGUGCUUGGAGGGUGAAUGUGAUCAGUUUGAAAGCACUGCUAAUUGUUUGUUAGGUAUAUCACUUUCAGCACAAUGUAAAUUAACCAUCACUGAUUCUGAGAGGAUCACCAGGCAGUCUAAGGCACUUCAGGUUCUGGAAAGCGCUGGGAGAAGUACAGGUAUGAGAGACCCAAAUAUUCUUUACCACCUCAGCCUUGAAAAUGCCGAGCAGAGGAAGUUGGACGCUGCGCGUCAUUAUGCCAAAUCUUUUCUAAAACUAGAUGGUGGGGCUAAUGUUAAAGGAUGGUUGCUGAUGGCACGGAUAUUAUCAGCUCAGAGACGGUUUGCAGAUGCUGAAACUAUUAUAAGUGCUGCUUUAGAUCAGACUGGGAAAUGGGAUCAAGGAGACUUAUUGCGAACUAAAGCUAAGCUUCAAAUUGCACAAGGUCAGGUUAAGAGUGCUAUUGAAACAUAUACUCAGCUUCUCGCUGUUCUUCAAGUUCAGAGUAAAACCUUCAGUUCUGGGAGGAAGCUCCACAAGGGCUCUGAAAAUCCAGCUAGAAGUUUGGAAUUGGAUGUAUGGCAUGAUCUUGCUUUUGUCUACAUAAGACUGUCACAGUGGCGUGAUGCGGAGGUGUGCCUUUCCAAAUCCAAGGCCAUUGGUUGUUUCUCUGCCACAAGAUGUCAUGCAACGGGUCUACUUCAUCAAAGAAAGGGUCUUCAUAAAGAAGCUUUACAAGCUUUUGGGAAUGCCUUGGAUAUUGAUCCCACGCAUGUACCAAGCUUGAUAUCAACAGCCUUAGUUCUUAGAAAGCUUAGUGAAAAAUCAAACGCAGUCAUCAGGAGCUUUUUGAUGGCUGCUCUUCGGCUUGAUAGAAUGAAUUCAACUGCAUGGUAUAAUCUUGGCCUGCUUUGCAAAGCCGAGGGUACUGAAUGUUCAGCGCUAGAAGCCGCUGAAUGUUUUGAGGCUGCAGCCACUCUUGAAGAGUCAGCCCCGGUUGAACCCUUCAGAUGACCUGUCCCUGCAAACUUUGUGUCUGUAAACCUUACAUUUUUUUUUUCUUCCACUAAUAUGUAUUUCAUAUGAUCCUCACACAUUGUAUUACGAACCGAAAUAGCAAUAAGAAAAAUCUCUUUUCUGAUGUGUUCUAGAUUUCA